AUGCGGGCCAUCCUCGCACAGGUGGCACCGUGAUGACACAGGGACAAGAAGCAGAUCUUAAGCGUCCCUGUUGUAUCAUCGGUGUUGGCUGUGUCGUGUCGGUGCAGAUGCGAGGGGAGCGGCAGACGACCUUGUUGCUCAAGAAGGAACGGCAGUGCUUUGAGGUGGCUUUGCAGCUCGACCAGACAAGGGGCGACGUUGCUAAGCGCGUCAGUCAGCGGAUAAGAAGUCGGCCGUCGUGUGCGUCCAUGACUCUGUGCAUCCGUUUGCACUGACUGCGUUUGCAGCUGGAGAGCUGCGACGAGAAAAUGUCCGCGUUCGAGAAGCGCCAAGAAGAUUUGCGUCGGGUUGUCAUGGACAAUGUGGACUUCAUUCGUGAGACCGACAAGAAGAUAGAGUACGCGGAGAAGCGCAUCAAGGAGGAAGAGGACGAGAUUGCAGAGACGGAGAAGCAGACUCAGGCGCUGGAGAAGGAACUCGACAUGUUCAAGUGGGUGAGGGAGGGAAGCCGGGGGCAUCCAUCGUGCGGAAACACCCUCUCACCCUCAUCCAUCAGGCAGAUGCGUGAGGUCAAUCGCGGCGAGGUUGACGGCGUCAACCACUACCAGCACUACCUCGAGUCCGUCGCGACAAGUCAGGCAUGAGCACUGCAAGAUGAGGAAUCCGAUAACGGCAGUACUGUCUCUGUCUGUCUGCAGCGUACGCAAGUGAGUUUGAGGGUGAGGUCGGCAAUCUCAUGCGCCGCUUCCAGACGCUGAGGGAGAGCAAUGCGGAGCUGGAGGCGCAAGUUGUCAACUCGACGCAGACACUAGAGGCGCAGAGGUAGGUUUUAUCGUGUUUGCAUGACGAGGGAGACAUCAUUGUCUAUCUCUGUGACAACGCCGGACUGCAGGCAAAAGGUGGCCACCUUCAUCGAGAAGACGCAGAAUGAUCUGGUGAGGCUCACAUCAGAGCUGUCCGAGAAGCAGCUGCAGCUCGACAAGAUGCUUGCCAUGAUCUCGUCGCUGGAGGAGAAAGUCAAUAGGUACGCCCUCUGUCUGUGUGGCGUGUGGCCAAAAUAGCACAACACAGCCAGGGCUUCUUGUGUGUACUGGAUGCAGUGAGACGGGGGAGACGACCUACAAGGACUCCCUGAUAUCGUCUUUUCAGAUGGCCAUCAGCUCCCUGUUCGCACGGCUUGUGCAGAAGUCGCCUCAUGCUAACACCAAGCAGAAUAGGCGGCUGAUGCAGUCCACCCAGAUGAAGUACGGCCGGCACACCGAGGAGAUGCUCAAGCUCAUUCAGGAGAGGGCCACCGACAUGCGAUGGGUCAUCUCGACAUUCCACCGGGAGCAUAACAAAAGUGAGAAGCACACAUGCAGUGUUCAAUCAACCAGACACGUGGACACCCCUUCCUUGUUCCUCGCAGAGGCGGCGCGUGCAAAGGAGCCAGUCCACCACCCUGUGUAUUACGAUGAGGACGAGGAGACACACAAAGACGUCAUCGAGUUCUACAGACCCCAACGUGCGGCACCGGAGCGUGGCUCGGCAUCCGGCGCCUCGUCCAAUGAGCUCGAAUCGAGAUUAUCUCGAGACAGGAUGGUGACCCCUUCUGAGUCCCAAGCGCCCAUCGCAGAGGACGUCAGCCAGCCACAACCAUCACACCUGGCCCCCCCGCCGCCCUUCAAGCGCCACCGAGUCCGUUUGAAGAGUAGGUCUGUCGUUGAGCAUCGAGAGAAGGCGACACCAUCGGUGUAUGCCCGACCGAGAGCGGUCAGCACCACAGCCCCGCGGAAGCCGUCGCGUGUGUCGCCCAAGGGAGCGUCCAAGGCAGCUGUGCUUUCGCCUAAGGUGGCAGACGAGCCAGCUCCUGCUGACGUGCAGCGGUCUGCCAGCCCAACGUCAGAAGGUACGUACGUAAGACACCUCCAAGGAGGAGGCAACACGUCCAAUCGUACGCCCCUACCGCUUUCAGACGGUGAGACGUCUCCGCCUGCCCCUCGCCCUUCACAGCCCAUCGUUGCUCGCGGCCGGCACCGACAGAGCAUCACCAAGCGGCAAUUUAAUGAGCUGUUGGGGCUGGGGGAAAGCUUCGAGCCUCCUGAACUCGUCCCUGAGCCCUUGCCCAAGUUCGCCUCUCUUCUCUCUGCUAAUUCAGGCAAAUGAGGGUGCUUUGCUUGCGAGUGAUGCAAGGGGAGGGUGAGAGCUGUGAUGCCCAUACAGAGCUGCAGAGCCCCCAAAGCUUUGGGUUGUUGUUGU